CGGGAAACAAAGGGGCCGCGCAGGCGCAGUGCGCGGGCGGCCCGGAGGCCGGGGAGCGGGCGGCAGCCAGCCAGCGGUCACCAUGGCAACGGCCGCGGCUCCACUCAUCCAGCGGCAGCGAUAGCCAGCGAUCGCGGUCCGGUGGGGGUGGGGGGAGAAAGAGAAAACAACAUUACAUCAAAAAAACAAAAAAGAGAGGGAAGACGUCGAGCCGCCCCGCCCCGCCCCACCCCAAAAGGGGGACCCCCGGGGAUCUCUUAAAUGUUUUAUUUCAGUGACGGGCGGGUGGAAGAAAGCGAUGAGAAGUGAGUAAGAUGGCGGGCGGCUUUGGCCUAAUGAUCCUGGCUUCGUGCCUCUUGGCCAUGUCGGGCUGCACCGAGUCCAAGAAGACGAUUGUCGUGUUGCACCACAACGAGUCGACCGAGGCCGAGGAGCAGGCCGUCUGCCCGACCAUGUGCCGCUGCUACGUUAACAUCCUCUCCUGCCACCCGGAGAAGCCGCUGGGCUCUCACGCCCACGACGAUGCCUCCGCCAACUUCGGCUCGGCCACGAGCACCAAGGGGCCGCACGACGGCUCCCACACCAACACCAACACCACCGAGAGCACCGUGGUCAACACCCUCACGCAAGUGCCCAAAGGAAUCAGAGGCACCAUGUCUGGCAAUGUCCUGACGCCGUUCACCGUAUUGGAUUUUCGUGAUAACAACAUUUCAUUUGUGUGGAAAGACAGCUGGCUUGUUUAUCCAAGUGUAGAAUAUCUAAAUUUAAAGGGAAAUCGUUUAACGGAUCUGAUUCCAGAAUCAUUUGAAGGUCUUUCACGAUUGAAAUACUUGUUUUUAUCCCACAAUUCGAUUAGGUUUAUUGCAGAUUAUAUGUUCCAGCCUACAACAGAAAUUGAACUGAUUGAUAUAAGCAACAACAAGUUGUUCGCAAUACAAAGGGAUCUCUUUCGGACAAAACACGGAUUACGUUUUCUGAAAGUUUUGGAUCUGAGCAAUAAUAACAUCCUGGUUUUGGGUCCUGGCGCCUUUUCACAACUAUCAAGCAUACAUUUCCUGAAUGUAAGUGAUAACUAUUUAAGCUUAAUAGGUAAUGGAGCGUUUGAGCAUUUGGAUUCAGUAAUCUACUUGGACCUUCGUGCAACAUCUAUUUCUCUUGAUAUACUUAAAAGUAUUUUAGAAAGUACAACAAAUAUCGUCAACCUCUAUAUAUCCCACACUCUGAAAUGCUGCUUAUGCAAGUAUCCACAUCUGGACAAACUUAUUCUGACAAGAAAUGUGGAGAUUAACUGCAAGAAUAUAGUUUGCACUAUAUCUUUGAUUCAAUGUUAUACAAAGGAGGGACAACAAACAAACAAUUUGAAAGAUAAAGAGAGGAUAAUUGAAGAAAUGGAGGCUGUUAAAACUGGUACAGUUUCAUCUUUACCUGGAGAGAAACGUGGUGAAACAUCUCAAAAUAUGUUAAUUAAGUUGGAACGCUCUCGAAAUCCUGUGGGUGAUCCGAAUUCCACUCAAAUACAACCAGAAUUAGGGCUUGAAAUUCUUAAUAAGGAUUUACAAUUGGGUGACAAACAGGCAGAUCUGAAAGAAGAACUGUUGAUCAAAGGCUCAAACUUAAAGGACAAAAUAAAGAGUGAGCAAUCAGCCAGGGACGCAGAUAGAGAGAGCAUGAAACAAAUCAACUUGGUCAAAUUGUCUUCAAAAUCUGAUCGACCAGCACUGCCUGAUAAUGGAAAUGAAGAAAACACCCUAGGCAGAUUGCAAAAAUUGAAAGAAGCCUUGAAGUCACUCUAUCAUUAUGCUUCUGAUCGAAUUGCAAACAGUGGUGAUGAACAAUACAGAGUCAUACUUGAGUCUUAAAAUAUAGAAAUAUUAUUUGAAUAUUACGGAGCAGAAAAAUGAAAUACUAAAUUGUGUUACAAUAAUUAACACAAUACAAAACAAUUCAUUUUUUGUGAUUAUGAGAUAAUCCAAAAAUAAAUUGGGGCCAACAUUUCAAUAAAGAUAAAUUGAUGACUUUUGUAGUUUAUGGUUGCCAGUCCAUAUAAGACUGCAAUGUAAUUUAAGGUUUUUCUUUAUGACAAAAAUAUUGGUGUUUUUAUAUUUAAAUUAUUUGUAGCAUUUUUCUUUUAAACCGAAUGUAUCAACACAUUUAGAAGCUUACAAUCAAAUUCCAUUUGAGUAAUAAAUUCAACAGUGCAAUAAAGGAAAAUGCUUGAAAAUGCUGUUGUCACGGAAAAUUUAUCCAGAUUUCCAGUUGCAUCAAGGCAAUAGCGUUCAUUUAGGAAAACCAAAUAUGUGCUCAAAAUGAUGAAAACUAAGAGACAAUGGAGAAACUCAAAAUCUUCUCUAGUAACAACUACAGUUAAGGAUGGUAAGCAUAGAAACUGGGAGGAAGUACAAAAUUAAGGCACAUUUAAAAAAAGAAAAGACCUUUGAAAUUCUAUUUAUAUUGUGAAUGACUCAGAGGAGACAUAUAUUUGUGCAUAUAGAUCAAGUGUGCUUGUAAGCAUUUGUGCACACUUAAUUUGUUAGUUUGAUGUAAACAUAACAAAAUAUGCCUUUAUUAUUUUACAGAAAGGGUUCAGGCAUCUGAUAUAAUAAAAAGUUUAAGAAUAGAUUUCAAAAAGAAGCCCAUAUUUUAAUACUUAAUAUAUAUUUUAAAAUUAACGGUAUACAUCUCCUAAAAAGAACAUUAGUCUGCUCAACUGAUUGUCAAAUUAUUUAGUUAUCGGUUUGAAACAUAAAGAUUGCACUUCAGAAUGUUUCAUGUUGCUAAAUGUCAUUCUAAAUGGUCAGUAAAUAUUGUUCAUAAUAUACACCUGCUUGUAAAUGUGUCAACUAAUUUUUCAAACAUUGCACGCAUCAUGGUAAAUGAUGUUUGUACUUUUAAACAGAUGAAUAAAUGUUAACAGCAGUAAGUACAUUGUGUUUCCACUGACUGUUCAACUGCUUCUUUAAUAUUAGAUCUCACCAAAACAAAUUUUGUACCAUACACGUUAAAAAUAAAUGAACUUCUACAUUGAAGUUGUCAACCCAUUUGAAUUCUUUGUUUAAUUUUCAUCAUCAAAUUAUCAUAGCUUAGAACUACAUGG